GUGAGUGUGUGUGAUUGUGAGUGUGUGGUGGCCAGCCAUGUACCCGUGAGCUGCGGCAGAGUGAGCUGCCCGGUGCUGACGGUGCCAGGGCCCGGCCUCUGCCCAAGCCUGGAGCUGGCCACGUGCUCAGGUGUCCUGAAACACGCCACUGUAACUCUGGCCGCUGGCACCUGCUGAGGCUGGGGAGGGGGGACGACGGUCACUGGGCCUUCGAGGCCCCAGAUCACCUCCCGUGGCCCGGAGAAAGGGGGUCAGAUCACAGCUGGAGAUGUGGGGGAGCCUAGGAGGCCUGUCAGGUCCACACCCCUAAUUUUAGGGCCCAAGGUCACACCCAAAGUAAAAGGCAGAGAUGAGAUUUGAACCCAGACUGUCUCCGAGCUCGUGGGACUUUCCUGCACCCCACACUGCCUCGUCAGAAGGAGAGAUGGGGCUCUGAGCCAAGGCUUCCGAGGGGACGCAGCCGGGGCCCCGGGGGUGCGACAUGUCGGGGACGCUGGACCUCGAGAAGGGCUGCACCGUGGAGGAGCUGCUGCAGGGCUGCAUCGAGGCCUUCGAUGACUCCGGGAAGGUGCGAGACCCGCAGCUGGUGCGGAUGUUCCUGAUGAUGCACCCGUGGUACAUCCCCUCCUCCCAGCUGGCUGCCAAGCUGCUGCACAUCUACCAGCAGUCCCUGAAGGAGAACUCCAACUCGCUGCAGGUGAAGACCUGUCACCUGGUCCGGUACUGGAUCUCUGCCUUCCCCGCCGAGUUUGACUUGAACCCGGAGCUGGCAGAACAGAUCAAGGAGCUGAAGUCUCUGCUGGACCGCCAGGGGAACCGCCGGCACAGCAGCCUCAUCGACAUCGAGAGUGUCCCCACCUACAAGUGGAAGCGCCAGGUCACCCAGCGGAACCCCGUGAGCCAGAAGAAGCGCAAGAUGUCCCUACUGUUUGACCACCUGGAGCCACUGGAGCUGGCCGAGCAUCUCACCUACCUGGAGUAUCGCUCCUUCCGCAAGAUCUUGUUCCAGGACUACCACAGCUUCGUGACCCACGGGUGUACGGUGGACAACCCCGUCCUGGAGCGCUUCAUCUCCCUCUUCAACAGCGUCUCCCAGUGGGUGCAGCUCAUGGUGCUGAGCAAGCCCACGGCCCCACAGCGGGCCCAGGUCAUCACCCACUUCGUCCACGUGGCCGAGAAGCUGCUCCAGCUGCAGAACUUCAACACUCUCAUGGCCGUGGUCGGGGGCUUGAGCCACAGCUCCAUCUCCCGGCUCAAGGAGACUCACAGCCACGUCAGCCCAGACACCGUCAAGCUCUGGGAAGGCCUGACGGAGCUGGUGACGGCCACGGGCAACUACAGCAACUACCGCCGGCGGCUGGCGGCCUGCGUGGGCUUUCGCUUCCCCAUCCUGGGCGUGCACCUCAAGGACCUGGUGGCCCUGCAGCUGGCCCUUCCCGACUGGCUGGACGCCGCUCACACGCGGCUCAAUGGGGCCAAGAUGCGGCAGCUCUUCGCCAUCCUGGAGGAGCUGGCCAUGGUGACCAGCCUUCGGCCGCCCAUCCAAGCCAACCCGGACCUGCUGAGCCUGCUCACGGUGUCUCUGGACCAGUACCAGACUGAAGACGAGCUGUACCAGCUCUCCCUGCAGAGAGAGCCACGCUCCAAGUCCUCGCCAACGAGCCCGGCGAGCAGUACUCCGGCCCCCCGACCCCCAGUCCUGGAGGAGUGGACCGCGGCCGCCAAACCCAAACUGGACCAAGCCCUGGUGGUGGAGCACAUUGAGAAGAUGGUGGAGUCCGUGUUCCGGAACUUUGAUGUGGAUGGGGACGGUCACAUCUCCCAGGAGGAGUUCCAGAUCAUCCGGGGGAAUUUCCCUUACCUCAUCGCCUUUGGGGACCUGGACCAAAACCAGGACGGCUGCAUCAGCCGGGAGGAGAUGGUCUCCUACUUCCUGCGCUCCAGUUCUGUGCUGGGGGGCCGCAUGGGCUUUGUGCACAAUUUCCAGGAGAGCAGCUCCCUGAGGCCCGUAGCCUGCAGGCACUGCAAGGCCCUGAUCCUGGGCAUCUACAAACAGGGACUGAAAUGCCGAGCCUGUGGAGUGAGCUGCCACAAACAGUGCAAGGAUCGGCUCGCGGUGGAGUGCCGGCGCCGGGCCCAGAGCGUGAGCAUGGAGGGGCCGCCCGCACCCUCCCCUCCCCACACUCACCUCCGAGCGUUUAGCUUUUCCUUGCCUCGCCCCGGUAGGCGAGGGUCCCGGCCGCCAGCUCCGGAGAUCCAAGAAGAGGCCGUCCAAGCUGUGGAGGACGGAGUGUUCGACAUCCACUUGUAGCAGGUCUCCCCUGGCUCGGACCCACCCCUGCUCCAGGAGGGACGCCCACCGGCCCAGAGAUGUGGACCUGGGAGAGCAGGGGCUGCUGGGGGACUGGGGGG